AUCGUCGUUAUCCCAUUAAACAAUCAUGCCGCCCAAGACAAGUGGCAAGGCCGCCAAGAAGUCAGGCAAGGCUCAGAAGAACAUCUCCAAAACUGACAAGAAGAAGAAGAAGCACAAGAGGAAGGAGAGCUACGCCAUCUACAUCUACAAAGUGCUGAAGCAGGUCCACCCCGACACCGGUAUCUCCAGCAAGGCCAUGUCGAUCAUGAACUCGUUCGUGAACGACAUCUUCGAACGCAUCGCCGCCGAAGCUUCCCGUCUGGCUCACUACAACAAGCGUUCCACGAUCACGUCGAGGGAGGUGCAGACAUCCGUCAGGCUGCUGCUGCCCGGUGAACUCGCCAAGCACGCCGUCAGUGAAGGCACAAAGGCCGUCACCAAAUACACCAGCUCCAAGUGAAUUGGCAGCGCUUCGUCGUCGUCGUCGUCGUUCGUGUUGUCGGUGUUUUACACCAAACACAACCACGACACAAAAACAAAAGGCCCUUUUCAGGGCCACAAAAUGCAUAUCAUAAAUUGAAAAGUUUCUUGUCGAUGGCGUGUCACGUAAAUAAAUGUUAAUGUACCUUACCUACCUACUUAGGUAACCUACUUGUAAAAAAUUUAACACAUUCGCCGCACAACACAACAGCUUAUUUAUUUAUUUAUUUAUUGUUCGCUUAUAGUAAGCAUUGUAAAUAAUUAAUAAUUAUUGUCGUACGUAUCAGAUUGUGCUUGUCAGUGAAGAGUGAGCGAACUAGAGA